AUCGAACCAGUAGCUAGUUUGGAGUGACCUAGUUUGUAUAAAAGAAAUAAAAGAAAAAAAAAUCGUUUGGUACCAAUAAACCAGUAGCUAUAUUAGAAUGAUUAUUUUUUACUCGUCUGUGUGCGAUUUUUUACAUUUAGUUUUAUAAACAUAUGUGUUUAUUACUUACUUUAUCUUUUUUUUUUUCAAUUAAAAAUAUAAUCUUGACAGAGUGCAUGCAAAUUCAAGUUUUAUUCAAGCAUAACCCGAAAUACAUUCAUUUAAGCCCGCUAGUUAUAACAUCAAGCCCAAGUCAUAAACGGGCUCAAAAAGGGUUGCUAUAUUAUUGAUUUUCAAAUUAAAUCAAUUUCACGACUGACUUGAACAAACGAUUCGGCCCGUUGAGAUAGAAAGAGAGAGAGAUGCAAAAGAGAGAGCAAAACAAGCUGGGCGGAGCUGCGGGCGGCUCCGCCCCUCCCGCCGCCAAGAGAGGCCGUCCUAUAGGCAGUGGAAGCAACAGCGCCGCUUUAUCUGCCGCAGCCACAGCUGCGGCUGCGGCUUCCGGUGAUACUAUCGCACCCUCCACCCUCCUCGGCCCCUCGCUCCAGGUCCACUCCGCCUUCGCCGAGCAGAAUAACAAAAGGAUAGUUAUGGCUCUUCAAAGUGGAUUGAAGAGUGAGUUGACAUGGGCAUUGAAUGCUCUCACAUUGCUUUCGUUCAAAGAGAAAGAUGAAGUCAGAAAAGAUGCAACUCCUCUUGCCCGGAUUCCUGGAUUGCUUGAUGCUCUACUUCAAGUUAUAGAUGACUGGCGUGACAUAGCUCUACCAAGAGUUCUCGCAAAGACACCAAGGGCGAGACUGCUGGGUGCUAAUUCUGCUGUUACUGGAUUUGGGAGUGAAUACGAGACUGUCAAUACCGGUGAUUCUGUUCCACAUCCUACUGCUGGGUCUGGUUCUUCAAAUAAGGAUCUGUCUGCACAAAAGAGUAGUUCGAAGUCUCGCCCUUCAGGUUGGUGGUUCGAGGAAGAUGGCCUCUUUAAUCUUGAUGAUGAAGGGCGGGCAGAAAAACAGCAGUGUGCUGUAGCUGCUUCAAAUAUAAUUAGGAACUUUUCUUUUAUGGCUGAGAAUGAACUUGCAAUGGGUCAGAAUCGUCACUGUCUUGAAACAAUGUUCCAGUGUUUGGAAGAUUAUGUUACAGAGGAUGAAGAACUCGUCACAAAUGCCCUUGAGACAAUCAUGAAUUUGGGCCCAUUGCUAGACCUUCGGAUAUUUAGCUCAUCAAAGCCUUCGUUCAUCAAAAUGACAGAAAAACGUGCACUCCAGGCCAUCAUGGGGAUGCUCGGAUCUGCUGUUAGAGGCUGGCAUUGUGCAGCUGCUGAACUGCUUGGCCGCAUGAUACUCAACCCUGACAACGAAUCUUUCCUCAUGCCGUUUGCUCCACAGAUAUACAAGCGAUUGGUUGAUAUUAUUAGCUUCCCAGCUGGCGAUGCUCAAGCAGCAGCUGUUGGUGCGCUAUACAACCUUGCAGAAGUUAACAUGGACUGUCGGCUGAAACUAGCUAGUGAGAGAUGGGCAGUUGAUCGGCUUCUCAAGGUGAUUAAGACACCACAUCCUGUGCCAGAAGUUUGCAGAAAAGCAGCGUUGAUUCUGGAGAAUCUCGUGCUGGAGCCACAGAACAAGCCUGUGCUGCUAGCGUACGAGAAUGCAUUUGCAGAGAUGGUCUUCUCCGAAACAAGGUACGCUGACACAUUUGCUCGGAUAUUACAUGAAUUGACGUCUCGACCCAGCAACAAAAUUGCGUCUGCUCGUGGUAUUUGGGGCAUGUAAGAGAAGGACCUCUUUUUCUUAGAUCUCAAUAGACUCAAAUUGUAAAGGGUGGCAUCUUACCUUUACUGGACAUGUAUCAUACUCAAUUAGUCAGUUUCGUGAUCUGGAUAGCCCUCCUGUGUAAUUUUAUUACAUUCAGCUGUUCUUUUUCGUUAUAUAUAUAUAUGGUUUUCCCAUGAA